GCUGGAGACUUUCGAAGUAUGGCUUCAUCUUUAGUUUCCACACAUUCCAGCAGGGACACCACAAUGGACGACAAAACUCAUGAAAGUGAAGAGUCUCAGAAUAUCUGCUCCACGACCGAAUGGUCCUCGAUUUUGAAACAGGUCCAGAGCAGUCAACCAAAUAAGCUCCCUUCCCAAAAAGUCCUCCUCGUUUUGGGUGAUAAUGAGGUCGGGAAAACGACGCUUAUGGGGAAACUCGCAGGUGUCGAGGAUCCGAAACGGGGGUCCGGUCUGGAAUACCAUCAUCUCCUCAUCAAAGACGAUUACACCGAGGAUACAACGAGAUUGGGCGUAUGGGUUCUGGACGGAGACCCUUGGCAUCGUAAUCUACUACGCUUCGCCUUGAACGAAGUGAAUCCCCUGAUGGAAGACUCAAUGGUGGUUCUCACGGCUUCGAUGGCAACGCCUUGGAGUAUCGCGUCAUCACUAGAAUCGUGGGCCAACAUCUUAGAAGAGCACAUUUCUCGAUUAAAACUCAGUCCGGAGUACGUGGGCAAGUGUAAAAAAAGAAUUCUACGGAGAUUCCAGGAAUAUACGGACCCCGGGGACGAUGUGGCAGGCGAUAGCAGUCCCAUGAGACGUUCGUCAACUGCACAGACAUUAUUAAGCGAAUCACUACACGAGAAGGACGACAAGGAAUUUCUUCCCCUGGGAGAAGAGACAUUAUCUCAUAAUCUCGGGCUUGAUAUGGUCGUCGUUAUCACGAAGACGGACACAAUGCCUUCUCUGGAGAAGGAGCACGAGUACCGUGACGAGCAUUUCGACUUCAUCCAGCAAUGGGUUCGACGGUUCUGUCUGCGGUACGGGGCUGCUUUAGUGUACACGUCGGCGAAAGAAGCAAACAAUUGUGACCUUUUGUUCAAAUACAUCUCACAUAGAGUGUACGGAGUCCCACACAAAUUUGUUACACCGGGUCUCGUUGUUGAAAAGGAAAGCGUCUUCAUUCCGUCGGGAUGGGACAGCGAGAACAAAAUCGCAAUUUUGUAUGAAAAUAUCAAAUCUGCAAAUCCUGACGAUAGCUUCUCGGAAGUGAUUAUGAAGCCUCUCAUUCGGAAGCCCAUAUCAAGAGAACCCGAAGUACAGGCCGAAGAUGACCAACGGUUUUUGGACAAGCUCAAUGUCGCUCUGCAACAAAUCUCGUCGAAUAAUACAGGAACCAAAACGACACCGCUGAAAACUGAGCGACGGUCCUCGACUGGUCCCGGAAUAGCGACUUCUGGAAAAAAGGACGAUCUUCCACUCUCCCUAAAGAACCUGCCGCAGAUUGAACCUGGCAAGGGAAUCUCUGGCAUGUCGGGCAACGAGGGAGUGCUUCACAAUUUUUUCAACAGUUUGUUAACCAAGAAGUCCGGCCCCGCGACUUCUCCGUCUGUUCUUAGGACGAGUCAAGGUGUCAACGGUUCGCUUUCCGAAGCAUCGUCUUCGGACCCGUCAUCGACGAAUCCUGCUCCUCCGGAGUCGUAGAUCUCCGCGCCGAGUCGUUCACAAGCUUUCUCGCGUCGUGCUUAAAAACAGCAGGAGUUACUGAUGGGCCACUUCCGUCAGGAUGAUCGUGUCUCGCACCAGAGGCGGAUAAUUAUUUCAUUCAAUGAUCGGGGGAACAUAUUCCCGAUGAGAGAGAAUCAUUUGCAAACGAGCUCCCGUUCUUUGAUUCGAUUAUCGUCGUCGUUGUGGAUUUCCACAAGAUGUAUCAAUCCCCGGACUUGAGGCUUUACUUACGACGUCAUACAUAUGACAAUUUGGUUCGAAGUCUUUCAACGAAUUAUCCUCAUCCGAAUCUAAGGUAUUUAUCUGUGUGCCUCGGAAUCUUUUCUCUGUCACAGAGAAGAGUUCAAUACAUGAAGGAUCAUCAUCCUUCGGUGAUGACGACAGAAUAUCUCGGCCGGGUGUCCAACGGCUCGAGGUCGUCCUCACUAUUUCCCGCGUUUUCGCUGUAAUUUAUUACGUUUACGUUGAUUCUAGAAUUUCAAAGCCCAGGAUGUGGUCUAUUGCGUGUCCCGUCUCUUAUUUAUCGAAUAUGAUCUAUAAUGUUUAUUAUUAUUUUCGGAAAGAUGCGUUUGAUGCCUGAAAAGUCGAUCCAGGCUCUCGAGGCAAGAGAUGUCUGAGUUCCCUGAGACUCAGAUCGAUUGAGCCACGGAUAAUACUAUUUUGAAGAAUGACCCGACAGAGAGGAAUCAUGUUGCGCGAGUGUGUGAUAGGAUGGUCUUGUUUGCGCAAUGAGCGGGAGGCGCGAUGCGACUUCGAGUCGAGCUUCGGUGCCAAGUCCGUUUAAUUGAGUCACCCGAUUCCCAACGUUCCGAGAAAGUGCCCGUUCCUCCGAGAAAUUUCGGAAUGUAAAUAAAAAGCUUUAUGUGUCUGCACACGCACUCUCGGUAUCCGGGCACUACAUGUUUCCUGUCGACCUCAAUCUAGAUUAUGACCUAGAACUCGGGACUGUCAACCGCCAUUCAUUGGAGUUUGCAUUCGGAGCCUUCCUAGGAGCUCACUGUCGCGGAGCUUCAUCCGGGACUACUUGUGCCGGGUGCAAUUACCUAGCUGAGA